UCCUUUGCAAUAACAACAUCUCGGAGGUGGAGGGUUACGUGGAGUCCCCGGACUACAUGGGGGCCGCGUUCGACGGGGGGCUGGACUGUACCUACAGCAUCCGGGUCUACAUGGGCUACGGGGUUGAGGUGCAGGUGCAGACCCUGAACCUGUCCAAGGACGACUCCCUCACCGUGGAGGGGCUGGGCGGCGAGACGCCGGCCGUCCUGGCCAACGAGUCCCUGAUGGUGGAGGGUCAGGUGAUCCGCAGCCCGACCAAUCAGGUGCUGAUCCACUUCCAGAGCUACCACGCCACCACCCCCAGCGUCUUCAAGUUCCACUACCAGG